AUGACCAUGAUGGAAAACUUAUAUCAUGAAGAUGUUGUAAUGUUUUUCUCCAUCGCAGAGUUAGAAGAAAUAUUGGGGUAUUUUAAAAAUUACAAAUAUUUUAAAGAGAAGGAUUAUAACAUCAUGUCUUUAAACAGCCGUGAAUUUAUUUUCAAUUCAGGUGAGUGUUUGAAGUUUGAACACGUGAACACAAACAUGAUCGGGAAGUUAAGGCUCAAGCACGAAGUUAGUGAUGUAGACAAUCAAGAAGAAAAAGAUACAUCGAACAGGAAUUGCUUAAUCAGACAAAGUGAAAGAGAAGACAAAGUUGGGGAUAAUGCACAAGGAGAAAUGUGUGUCGAUUCUGAUUGCACAAACCUGACACAAGGACAAGAAACGUCGAAGGAGAAAAAGGUGGGAACCGAGAUAGGAGGUGGGAGUGAAAGACAGAUGGGAAGGAAGAAUGAAAGGAGAGAAAAGGAGAAAAAAAGCAGGAACAAUCAUCUCUUUAGUGAAAAAAAAAUAAAUGAUGCAGACGAAUUUAUAACAAGGAAAAUAUUCAGGUUCCUCUAUAAUAGGCAUGGAAAUGUGAAAUGGUCGAGUAAGCAUAAACUAGUCAUCUCAAUGAUAAUUCAAGCCAUAAUUUAUGCAAAAAAAAUAAAAUUAGAUAUAUACAAAAUAAAUUUGUUCCUCUCGAUUAUACUCAUGACGAUGCAUAAGAUCCUGGACAAUUUAAAGGAAAAGAACAAGGGGAAGAAGAAAAAAAAAAAAAACAAGAAAAAAAACAGCAUAAAUUACUUCAUCAAUUUGAUAAAUAAAAAUAUACACUAUUCUUCUGACUUGCAAUACAAAAAGGGAGUAUGUAAAUCGGAGGAGGUGGAUCUAGCACAUGUUAGAAGUAUUAAUGGUGAUACACAACAAGGGGGAGAAAUAAUACUUCCUAGAAUUGAUGCAAACGUUGGAAAGUACUCAAAGGGUAAUAAGAAAGUAACGGAUAGAUCCAAAACUGUUUGUGGAAAAAUGGAAGAAUGGAAAGAGCCAGGUGAAGUGGUGGAGGCAAUGGCAGAAGAGCAGAAGAAUCACAUAUUAACAAAUGCACAAUCGCACAACAUGAAUAUGAACCGUAAGCAAGUCAUAGACACAGAGACAGAGGGAAGGAUUGAGACAGCGACGAUAGAGGAAAACAUGAAUAAUUCAAGCAAUCCAGAAAUAACAUCUAAAAAAAUGGAAAAUAACAAAAACGAUUUUCUUAUGCCUAAUGUUAGUGGUCAUAAAUUAGCUACUGCACGCAUUACCGUUUUUAACUAUGAAGAAGCAACAUAUAUAAUAAAAUACAUAUUCGAAAAUAUUUUUUCAAUUUAUAACAUCUUAGAAUAUCUUUUUUUAUUCUCCCCAGUCUGCGUAAACUUGUCCUAUGCCAAUACCAUAUCAGCAGCUUCUCCACCCGAUUGUUUGUUUACAUCUGAUGUAGUAAACGAUGACAUAAUGAGCACUCCUGACGUGAUGACCACAGUUGAUGUCAUAGAAAAUGAUGAACUAGCAACAAAUGAGUACAUAAAGGAAGCAUUAGAUAUCCCCAUGUUUGUUUUGAAUAAAUUUUACUCAAGUAUUACACAACUUAGGGACAAGAUUGACCAAAUCAUGGCAUGA